GAUGCCAAAGAAGCUUUGAAGCCGGAGGGCGCACUGCAAUCUCGCGACCCCGAGGUGGGGACGAACGGCAUUGAGCCCUCCAGACAUGGCGAGGCGACCCUCGAUCUGACAGACGUGCCUCCCCAAGAUGCCGAUGUGAAAGUCGCCGAGGAGCGGACAUCGAGCCAAACGUCGCCAUCGCAA